CACACACCCCAGAGCGUUGCCACGAACCUGCCUCCGGCACCUGCAGUGCCACGUCUCGGUUGCCCCAGGCAGCCCGGGGACUGCGCACACCUGUGGGGACCGCCCAGCGGGCCCACCUCUAAGGCAGGACCGCCGCUCCUGAUCCACCGCGGGCACCACACCCUCCUCGCAAGAGCCACCAGGAGCCUUUGGCCACGCUGCCCCUGAGCUGCCCCCGGGAAUUCUGAUGGCAUCUGUCCCCAGAGCCCCUACCCCACAGCCCAGGGGCCAGCCCUGCACCUCCGCCAUCCCCGUGCUCCUUGCACCACCCUGCGCCCCCCAGACACAGAUCGCCCAGGGAGCCCACCAGCCACGGAACCUUCAUCUCUGGGAAGGACGGCCAUGGGGUGAGAGAGAAGUGGCGUGACCGACCCCCUGAUGGGUUGCGCCAUCCCGCGUGGCAUCCACCUCCAGCUGGGCCUCAGCGAGGAGCAGGGAUGAAGGGGUUUCCGGCCUGGUCUGUGUGCCUGCUGCUGCUGGACCUGGCCCUGCAGGGGACUGCGAGCCGAGCCCCCCAGCACUCCAUGGAGACCCGCACGCCUGACAUUGACCCUGCCUGGUACGCGGGCCGUGGGAUCAGGCCUGUGGGCCGCUUUGGUCGGAGGAGAGCAGCCCUGCAGAACGUCCGGAAGCCGAGCCUCUGGCACCUGCUGGCUUGCUUCCCCCUGGAAGGGGGCGCUGAGCCCUCCCGGGAUGGGUGACAGUG